UUAUCGGAAAUCGGUCCGCCUUAUGAUUUGGGACCUGUUUCAACGAAACUUUUUAGGGCCGCCGAUGAUAUGCUUACAUCAAGAAACCUUGAUUACAAAAUACUCUAUAGUCUACGAUUCUUCGUUGAGCAAAAUGGACAAUUUGAAAACAUCGUUGAAGAAAAAGAAAUCAUGUAUUUUGGUGCUACAACCGGAAAGCUAGGUCGAGCGACCGUCGAUAAUGUCAAGAUUGGUUUUAUUAGCAUGCGACACUAUGUGUUGCCGUUUUUAGGUGGAACUCCUGAAGAAUAUGACGAAAUG